CCCCCGCCCCUCUAUCUAUGCUUUACACACAGCCUUGUCAAACAACAUGUUUGCAAAGCAAGCCAGUGAAGUUUUCCGCCGCUGGAACUUUAGUUGUUAACAAGUUCCUGGUAACAACGCGGUCCACAAGUUGACGCGUGCUUGGCAGUGGGAUGCUGCAAUUACACUCGGCAUUUCAAAAUAAAACACUAUCUAUCGCCAGCAAUUUAUGCAGAAGAUGAAUUGGUCGAAAGCAGUGACGUGUGCGGCGGAGUAUAAGUAGAAGAUAGCGACCGCAGGGGUGUGUAUAGCAAGCCUGUGCUGCACGCAAUGCCGCUCUUGUCCCACCUCGUCUGUCUGCUGUGGCUCCUAACCCUGGCAUCGACAUGCUACAUCCAAAACUGCCCCAGAGGAGGCAAGAGGUCUUUCUUCGACACAGACAUCAGGCAGUGUAUGCCUUGCGGACCUGACAACAGAGGCCAUUGCUUUGGAGCUAACAUCUGCUGCGGGCAAGAGCUUGGCUGCUUCAUUGGGACCUCGGAGACACUGAGAUGUCAGGAGGAGAACUACCUGCUCUCCCCGUGUCAACCCGCUGGAUCACCCUGUGGAGCAAGUGGUGGGAAAUGUGCAUCGUCGGGUAUCUGCUGCACUGACGAAACCUGUGCCACAGACUCUGACUGCCUGGGGACGGCAGGGAAAUGGAGAAACCCACUGAUGGGAAGAAACCUGACCUUGGUAGACAGUGCUGGAACCAACCUCCUGCUAAGGCUACUGCGCCUAUUUCCUCGGAAGCCUGCUGGGAAGCAGCAGCUAAUAUAAAUGAAUAUUUGUGUUGCAGUGGCUUCUCUCAUUAUGUUGUCUUUUUGGGAGGCACUGUGGAUUGGAAGAAGCUGGUCACAAGAGGGCAGGAACAAUGCAUGAUCUGUGACACAUCAGAGUGUACUUAACUAAUAUUCACAGAAUGUCAGUCUGAAUAUUUCCAUUGCUAGUCGUACAUUGUCAAAUGGCAUUUUUAUUCGGAUCAUUUUUAACCGUACCAACUCAAGUUAUUAUUCAUUUUAUCAGUAACAUGUUCACAGUAACAUUAUGGAAGCUUGUAUAUGUACAGUAUACCAAAAAUAAAAUGGAUUAUUGUGUAAUGUGGAACUGCAAUGAACGCUGAUUGUCUUGGAGUCAUAUUUCAAAAGUCACCUAACGGAAAUAAGGAUCAUUAGGGCCAUCGGAGCCAGUGAUCCACGUCAUUGUCCUCCACUACGCAUGACGUGGAGCAAGUUGACACUUAGUUUAGUUCAGUUUAUUAUUGUCACGUUUACCGAAGCACAUUGAAAAGCUGUUGCUCCAUAAUUUUUAGGGGCUAUUUAGCUCAUCAAGUCUACUCUGCCAUUCAAUUGUGGCCGAUCUAUCUUUUCUUCUCAACUCCAUUCUCCUGCCUUCACUCCAUGACCCUUGACCCCCGUACUAAUCAAGAAUCUGUCAAACUCUGCUUUAAAAAUAUCCCUUGGCUUGGCCUCCACAGCUUUCCGUGGCAAUGAAUUCCCCAGAUUCACCGCCCUCUGACUAAAUACAUUUCUCCACGUCUCCUUUCUUUGCAUGCUAAUCAGUCACAGAAAGGAUUAUACGCGAUGACAAUCCAGCGGUCACAGUGCACAGAUAAAGGCUAUAACAUUUAGUGCAACAUAAAGUCUGAUUCAAGAUAGUCCGAUUGCCCCAAUGACCAAUGAUGGGAUGUCAGGACCGCACUCUAGCCGAUGAAAAGACUGUUCAGUUGCCCAAUAACAGCUGGGAAGAAACUGUCCCUGAAUCUGGAGGUGUACGUUUUCAACUUAUGUCCGUCAUAUCUGAUGGGAGAAAGGAGAAGAGGGAAUGACGGGCUGAGACUCAUCCUUGAUUCGGCUCAUAAAUGAUAGGAGCAGAAUUAGACCUUUUGGCCCAUCAAGUCUACUCCAGCAUUCAUUCGUGGCUGAUCAAUCUCUCCCUCCUAACCCCAUUCUCCUGCUUUCUUCCCAUAACCCCUGACACCUGCUGGUGGCAUUGCCGAGGAAGCGUGAAGUGGUGAUGGUGUCAAUGGAAGGGAGGAGGUUGGGUUGUAUGAUGGUCUGGGCUGUGCCCACAACUCUGCGAUUUCUUGCGGUCUUGGAUGGGACUAUUCCCAUACCAUGCUGUCUUCUCUCCAGCUAGAAUGUGGUCCUGACCCCCCAUCUGCCUCAUUGGAGACCUUUGAACUAUUUUUCAUCUGACUUUUCAUUGGGCUUUAUCUUGCACUAGAGGUUAUUCUCGUUCUGUUGUAUCUGUACACUGUGGACGGCUUGAUUGUAAUCAUGUAUUGUCUUUCCGUUGACUGGAUAGCACGUAACAUUAAGCGUUUCACUGUACCUCGGUUUAUGUGACAAUAAUAAAUUAAACUAUCUCGAACCUUUUCUCCCUCACCUGCCAUCUACCAUCAAUCCGUCCAUCUGGAUCCACCUAUCACUCGCCAACCUAGAUUAGUUUAGUUGAAAUUUGAAGUUUAGUUUAGAGAUAUAGUGAGGAAAAAGACCCUUCGGCCCACUGAGUCAGUGCCAACCAACGAUCACCCAUACGCUUGUUCUAUUCUACACCAUAUAAUAACAUAUAACAAUUUACAGCACGGAAACAGGCCAUCUCGACCCUUCUAGUGCGUGCCGAACACAUAAUCUCCCCUAGUCCCAUAUACCUGCGCUCAGACCAUAACCCUCCAUUCCCUUCCCAUCCAUAUAACUAUCCAAUUUAUUUUUAAAUGAUAAAAACGAACCUGCCUCCACCACCUUCACUGAAAGCUCAUUCCACACAGCUACCACUCUCUGAGUAAAGAAGUUCCCCCUCAUGCUACCCCUAAACUUCUGUCCCUUAAUUCUCAAGUCAUGUCCCCUUGUUUGAAUCUUCCCUACUCUCAGUGGGAAAAGCUUUUCCACGUCAACUCUGUCUAUCCCUCUCAUCAUUUUAAAAACCUCUAUCAAGUCCCCC